CAUACCAUUUGACUACAAGACCUCCUAACAGGUCUGGCGCUACACAUUCGAUGCGAUUGGAUUGAAUUGAAUUGGAAUGGAUAGAUCAACCAUAGCACAAUUCAUUAGAACACACCAACGCGACUGCAAUAAAAAGACGAGACGAAAGUGAGGAUAUCUAAGGAAAAUAGAGCAACAGCAACAGCAACAAACGAAACGACAAUCGAAGCAAGGGAUCGCAGGCUGUGAGCACUAGUGCUGUCAUGGGAAGGAUAAAAAUGAUAACAUCAUUAUUGAUGAUUGCAGCUAGUGUCAGCAAUGGUGGUAAUUUGUUUUUGGCAAUGUUGCUACUUGCCAAGAUAAUCCCCAAUGCCGACGCUGUUUGGUAUUCCGAGGUCUGUCCCACACAUAUGCGCUACAAGGUGCGGAUAGAUCCAUCGACCGGAAAAAUUGUUCAAGUAAUGCACCCGGGGUUCACCACUGACAGGGACGACCAGCCGUACGCUAGCAAUUCCGAGGACGAAACAACGUCCGAAUCCCACAGCAUCGCACAUAAUCAUAUUGCGACGAAUGAAGACCAAUCACGAUCGCCCUUGCUAGAAGGCUACAACGGAAACAAACGAGUCUUGCGUUCCGAUCGGAUGUGGAGGAACCUAGGAGAUUUGGAAACUGAUGCCUUGGUGGUUCAUAGCAACACCAUGACUUAUGAAGGCGAAGAAGAGAUUCGUGUACAACUUGCUGACGAGGAUCCUGCGUCACUUGCAGAUCAAUUUCUCGAUAGAUUCCGGCCCGCAGACCACAGCACCGACGAUCUCAUGGGAUGGAUUCCGCGCCGUUUCUUGCAAAUGAUGGGUAAUGAUGAAAGCAGUGCAGACGAAGCCGACGAUCUAAUCUAUUUUCACGAUACCUUGCAGGAAGGCGAAUUCUUUGUCAAACCCUGCUUGUGUGAGAGCAGCCGAUGGACUUUUUUGAACGAAAUUGAAAUUCCAGAUUCUGAUUACAACGGAACGUCUGACGCAUUGAUCAAGGAGUCUCCCAACAGCUAUGGUUCGUUUGGCCAAGGCAUUAAUCCCAGCAACCUCGGUCAGUACCCGAACGGAGAGUACGCAUACGUUCCCCCCGGAGCGAACAGUAAGCAGGGACAAUGGGACGAUCUUCCUUUGUACUUGUGUAAUGAGAGAGCUAUGUAUUGUGGAAUCCCUACCGAUCCGAUUAUGCCGGUCAAAUGUUACGAGCAGAACAUGCGGGACACCAUCGCAAGGAACGCCUGGCCGCUCAUCCUAUUAUGGUAUCUUGGGCUGGCAAUUAUUUGUUGCUGCACUGUUCACGGCCGGACAGCAGGGGAUUAUGUCCAGGACCGGGUGAGCUAUUUUUGCAAAAAGUUUCUUUGCUGCUUUUGGGAAAUCUCUUAUGAUUUCAACGACAGGAUGCUCCACCGAAUGAUUGCGGACGACGAGCGGGAGAACCGCGGUCGAUCCCAAGAGAACGUCACACCCUGGUUCUAUUCCAACCAGCGGCGGAUGUUCGAGCGGUCGCUGCUGGCCCAGGUGCAGUGGAUCUGGCGGCACCAAGAAUUCUUGAGGGAAAUGGAGCGCCGGGAACAGGGCUUGCCACCGCCCCAGAUAAAGCUCCGAGUCAAGCGGUUUUCUAUGGCUACCACGACCCAGGGAAGCGACGGCGGAGGAUUCCUCGGAAGCACCGUGCCACCCGUGGCCGUCACCAAGACCGCGGCGGCCUCUCCGCACCUCCACUCGGUAUGUACGGCUACCGAGGCGACCAAUGCCACUCCACGCGACAAUAGCAGGAAGGGCAUCACCGCCUCUGUCGGCGAAUCGGAUGCGGCAGCGAUGAUACCCGGCAAAUCGUCGGCAUCGCCCUCUGCUAAAAUGACUCCGGCCGUGAUGUCGCUCGUCAAGACUUCGAACCUUGCUAGGAACAAGGACAAUGAUAGGAACGACAAAGACAAAGACAACGAGACUAAUUCCACAGAACCCGAAGCAGAUUCGCCGCCAUUGGAAACCAACAGCAAUGGGAAUAACGACGACACCGACGAGCCGGAAUUUAUCACACUGACCCUGGGACCCAGCGCGGAAAACGACGACGACGAGCACGACCUUGGGCAGACCGCGGAAUGCGGCGGAGACGAUUGUCUCUGCCGCACCCGAAGCAGCGAGAGCGACCCACCACACGAGAUCCACCACUGCAAGAACGACAGCGACGCCGACUCGCUGGAGGCCCCCACCUGCACCAUCUGCUUCUGCCCCUUUGAGGACGGGGACCGCAUCGGCGACCUCCCCUGCCGGCACGAGUUCCACGUCGAGUGCCUCAAGGGGUGGCUCCAGCGCAAGAACGCCUGCCCCCUCUGCAACGCACCGGUGGGCCGGCCCGAGCGGGCCGACCCGCAGCAGGGCGCGGCGAGCCUGGACGCCAGCCAGCACUCGAUCGGCAGCCUGAUGCAGCGGAUCCGCGUCCUGCAGCAGCAAAACCGUCAGCGGCAGCAACAGCAACAACAGCAGCAGCAACCGGGAGGAGGAGAAGGAGAAGGAGGUGCCACCACCGGUGGGGGACAAGCGCCCGUGGCCGAGGUCCAGCGGACCUACCGCGUGGGGAUGAUCGGAUCCAUCAGCACGGCCGACGACAUUGCCGCCACACAGACGACGUUUCGGGACAACCGCUGGUUUUUUUCGGGUUAGGUUUUUCCGGGCGCAGUGCAAAAUUCUGAUCCGGGCGAAUGUCUCUAAAACUAGAUGAAUAACGACAGCACCUUGAAUAAUAUGAAUAUGACUAUUAUAUUAUGAUAUAAAAUCAUACGCUUGAAAAUUGAUGCUGUCACUGCUAUCAACUCGAGACUUCUUACCACCAGAAUAAUUUGGCACAACGGUGUUUCUCUCUGCCGAGUUCGCUGAGUGCAAACUGUAACACAAAC